GUUGUUUUUUGUUGUUUUUUCUUUGGUAUUGUUGAGUAAUAUGUUCUUUACCCAUGCUCCAGAAAACCAGACUGAAAAAUGAGAGACUAAGUUGCAUGCAGGGAUUAAGGAAAAGAUUGAUUAUCCUAUUAAUAUAUGGGUUUCGAAUCUCCAAUUCUUGAACUAGUUCUUAAACUGUUAGCAUAUUUAGUAAGGUGUAAAUAGUUUUUUCGUGCCUAUUUUUGAUCCACUCCUUUUUUGUGUUUGUUUUAUUUAAUCUACUCUUUUAUUUAAUCUACAACGCAGACAACAGAAGGAGAGUAAUUGCUGAAAAUGGGCAGGAUAAAUAGUAGGGAGAGGAAGACGCCCCAGAAGCUGGUACGGUUCUAGGAACAGUCAACAGAAAUCAAAAGGGAUUCUGAUGGUCCUCUGGUGAAUGCCAUACAUGUGAUGUUUGCACAAUAAUUGAUGAAAACGGUUUUUCAUCUGGACUUUGAAUAUACAAAAUAUACUAGAUAGAGAGUACCUAAUCAUGUUUAUAUAAGUACCACACUUCUGCUGUUGACAUGCGACUUUUUGAGCAAAUGAAAACAUUAAAUUAUCAUCACUGAGCUGUCGUGCUUCCUUUCAACUUAUUGUCCGUUCAAAAUUCACCCUGUCCUGUUGCCAACGUUGUCUCUUAUUUCUAGAGCUAGAAACAUUUACUGGGUUUCUCAGCAUACAGACAUUUCAACAUUCCAACAUUACAGAUCUUCAACAGACAUCGGUGAUCACAGUCCGCCAUUCAUGCGUUUGCCAGGAUAGUUUAAAUUAUGUUAUUGUCCUGGUCUUUCCCCGUUACCCGUCUGUUCAGGUUUACUAAGUAAAUUGCUAACCUUGCUUCGUUUGCCUUAACUUUUAUCAGUGAGAGAAAAGUUUUAAAGACCUUUAUGUCGAAUCAAAUGUCUCAAAAAAACACUUUUGUCUCUUCCUUAUCGUUUUCUUAUGAGCGAGCGGCUCUCUCUCUCUCUCUCUCUCUCUCUCUCUCUCUCUCUCUCUCUCUCUCUCUCUCUCUCUCUCUCUCUCUCUCUCUCUGGCUUAUUUAAGUACCUCCUCAUUUAUUUCCUAUUCCUCCCAUGUAAUUGUUAACCUCCUGCCAAACAGGAUCAUGUAAUGUGCCUUUCCCAAAGAAACAACGUCUGACUGAGCAGAGGCUCGAACCUCCGAACCCGCAAUCUCACGCCUAGACACUUGGUUACCGACGCCCCAUUUCCAUCCAUGACCUGGCUCGUUUCCAAUAACGGGAAUUUUUGACAAAAAAUUAACAUUCAUACCUCAUAUUAAAGGCAUCCGCGAGAGGUGUGAGAAAGCACUGGACCUGCUAAAAUUCUACCUAAUCCAGAGUGGCGCGGAGACUCCGGCCAUCUCCUCCGUCUAAACUUUUCACCUAAACAAGAUGGACUACGACCUCACAGUUUAAAGAUGCUGGACGCCAUACAGAACAAAUGUCUCAGCCUGGCUAUAGGAGCUUUCUGCACAUUUCCUGUGGAGAUCCUCUGGCUUAUGCCAACAUUCCAUCCUUUGAAAUCAGAAGACAAAGAAUUAUAUUAUAUUACGUAGUCAAACAAAGUUCAACAUCUGCAAACCGAGCCCACCACUGCGUUUUUUCAAACACGUCAGGGAAUAAUAAGUAAACAUUCCAUACUAUGUACAGCACAUACCCGAUCUCGUCUGUGGUGAAAACCUCGGGCGAAGGCAUUAAAAUGAAGCGUGUAGUAGAAAUAUGUUGUUGCAAAUAACCUGUAGGCUCAGACACAUGAACUUCUUGAAAGGGCAUGCUCAGAAUCGAAUUGUUUGUUGACAUGAUUAUUCAUUCGUAUACUUCCGCUUUCGCUUGGUUAGAGAAGUGGCACUCUUACUCACUAGAAAGUUAUUGAACUAAUCCUAUUUUUCACGUAUUUUUUUUACCACUGUAACAGCUCUUAUGUAGUCCACCCACACGUCUGCCACGCGUUCGGCCGUCCUGGACAUGGUUCAUUAUACAUGACAAGAGUAAUGUAUCGUGGAAGGUUAAUUAGUUGUUUAUAUGCCGAGAGCUCAGUAGAUAAUCAGAAGUGCAACAAUGAAACAUUGUGGUUUAAGCCGGAAACAGAACCUGAGAAUUUUAUUUGCUUGAAUUAGAGAAAAUGGUAUACGUUUUCUUUCGCUGUUUUUGUGCGUUUAACGUCUUACUAUACUUUUUUGGAAAAAAGCCUUUGCACUGAAAACCAAUAAAUAAAGAAAUAAAGAAAUAAAGAAAUAAAGAAAUAAAGAAAUAAAGAAAUAAAUAUGAAGAAGAAGAAGAAGAAAUGCAAGAAAUUCAAGAAAUCGUUCUGCCGGGGCUUUUAAUACAACCUUUUUGAGAUUUUCUCAAGUAAUCCACCCCCUUGCACCUUAGACAGUUUAUACUAAAACUACCUAUUUCGAAAGCGGGCCCAUCGGUAUAGGUUUCGUUGAUACAUUGAUCCAUUUUACUUCUUGUUUGUAAAACAAAUACAUAUUUGUUUUAUCCUUGAGUCAGGAUGUGAUGAUGUCAAAAUGGCUGAUACAGUUUGCAACAUUCAUCGCCCUCACCCUCUGCGCAUACGCGGCAGUUGUAAAUCAGGUCACUCCGCCCCCGCUCCCGAAGUCCUGUUCUCGCGACGUCAAGGUGAUAACCUGCAAGGACAGAGGGAAUCUCAAUGCGGAAGACGUGGCCCAGGCCGUAUUGUUUGAUGACGGAGUUGAUGUUCUAAUAAUCAGGCCAGUCUCAGGCCAGUGCCACUGCGGAAUAAUGUCUGUCGCGAGGAAACUGAAGGACGCCGAUACCCUUGUGGCCAGUUCGGCUCGCUGUGACUUGAAAGACGUGAAAAAUUGCGGUUUUAACAUAUCCCUGAAGAAUCCUAUACUGGUUGGGGGCCUUUUCCUAUCAAAAAACGAGAGCGGUUUGAACUGGGUCAUCAAACAUCACAUGCUCACCACCUGGUACGAGAUGGAGGACAUUGAUUGCAACAAAACAAGAAUGACAUUGUACCAAGGACUUCUAAAGGACCUACACCGGGCAGAAAAAGAUUCAUUGGAGCAGAAAAAGAAGUUCAAGCCGAGGGCUACAUCGUCGGGACAUAGGUCUUGGGUUGGCAAAAACGGUCAUCGCGAUCUCUCAAGAGCACGGUCAGUACCGGAUCAACAAUCAGAGAAGGAAUCAAGUACUUCAGCUUCGCCAAACCUAGAUCGGGAACAAAAUGAUUUGUCUUCGUUAUCAGAGUUAGAACUACAGGAGACUCUGAAGGCUGAGCUCAGAAGUUUUAAAUUUAACAAGCAAUCUGUCCAUAAAAGAAGUGCCCAAUCAAAGACAGUCGUCAACAUUCAGGAAAAAUUUGAGAACGGCCUCCAUAGAAAGAAGGAUGGCGCUGGUUUCUGGCAUUUAAAUAAACUUCGAAAAAGGACCUGGGAAUGUUUUGGUCUUCCAAAAUCGUUGAAUACGGAGCAGUACAACAAGGAACAGAUUGAUAGUUUUGUAUGUCAACAUGAGAAGCAUCUUUUUCAAACAGGUCCUUCAGAAGAAUGGUUGACAUAUGACAAGCAAGGGAUUCCACCUACACCUUGGGCACUCUCAAGUAAUCACAGCCGUGGAGUUCUCAAAACAGACAAAUCACGCCAAAAAGUCAUCGCACCUAAUGUCAAAAAAAGUCAAAGACAAUCUUUCAUUGAAGACCUGGACUAUCCAAACACUUUAAGAGGGCGCCAUGAGCGAGACAACGAUCAAAGUGAAGAUGGCAUUAAUGCUCAUGAGUACAAAAGAGCUACCACUUCAAAGGCGUCCCGUUCCCCCGAGGACAAAACUGUUCGUUCUUAUCAUAUUAGGACGAAGAAUCCCUCCCUUACAAACUCUGCAGACAGACCAUUGAUGUGCAACACUUUGACGUGCCUCAGAAAGCGCCAUGAUCUGAGGAGACGCUCUGCGACACCCAAAGCGACACCGCUCUUCGUCGUUCCACAUAGAGUCUACGUGGCUGGUGAGUUCUACAGUCUGUUCGAAGGUUGGCGAUUACUGGCCGCCCUUCAGCGGGACCGAGCCAUGAGGGAGCUUGCGGACACGGUCCAUCGGUCAGCAGAUGUCCACAGGCCGUCAGCCAGAGAUAACCUACCUGUGUUGGAGCCCGUCCUCUCUCUGCCACCAGGGCUUGUCGCUCUCAUGGGGAAGGAUGUUGGUUUCAGAGAAUCUAGAGGAAAGACGGACAUAUCAAGUCUCGAAACAGAAAGUGUUAAUGUUGCUACGGAUCACGUCACUGACACAUAUAAUUACACAGGCCCAGUCUCAACGACAGCAUCAGUGCCAGUGGCUGCCGCUACACACGCCAAGAGCAAGCCAUCUGUUUCUGAUAGAGCGGCUUUCGACCACCGCAUCAAGUCCUUCGUUGUGUUCGUUGUCGCGAUCAUCGGUAUCAUCAGUGUAGUCGCUGCUCUGCUUAUUCUGGCAGUUAAAGAGAAACGCUUACAGAUGGGCUUUUUGCCGUACCCUGAGUCCCCAAGACGUGACCCCGAGCAGUCCAGAAGACGUCGUGAGCUACUGCUGGAACACGAGAGACUACAGGAUGAACGCCGAACCAUCUAUCCGGAUUACCCUGGCGUGGAGACUAAAAAGGAACCUGAAUGGCCGCCGAUCAACAACGUCACACAACCCACAACACCCAGAAAGAGGCAUGAAGCUUCCAGUUUCUUCAAAAGACACCCUAAGAGUAUUCAAACUCCUGUAGAGGCAGACUUCAGGACUGUCCCAAAACAUCCAGCCACUGGCGAUGAGUUUACAAGCGAAGGUCUUGUUGAAGAGCAAGAACCCCUGCCCACGAAAACUCCAUUUCUGGGAGGGAAACAUAUAUUGGUGGACUUUGGGGAAACUGAUGAAGCAAGUGCCAUUGGGAAACCUGCGACUGGUAAACACGAUGUGGAUCACGACAAAAAACAGAAAAGCUCACUUUUGAUUCCAGAAACGACGGUCCCAACCGCAAAGGACAAGAACACUAAUAUGACAACAGUCGGGUGGAACACCAAAAAUGCUUUCGUCGUUCUCAGCGAUUCCUCGAGGAUCUGCGGUCCCACUAAGUUCCAUCGAAACAUCGAACAAAUGGAGGCGCCUGUGACUGAUGCGCAUCCACGUAUCGAGGAACAAAUAAGAGGUUUGGAACUACAUAAUAUAAAUCAGAACCAGGAGACAUUUAACGACACAUAUCACCGCAGCCGUUAUGAUGGUGGUCCUGCAAUGUGCAAGGCCAAAGGUGUUUGCCCUGAUACUUCUGGAGAACUCUCACGUGGCUGCCAAUUACGACUGAACUCCAAGUUAUAUGGUCGACUAAUAAGCUGUAACGGAAACAGAGAAACCAGCCCUUUUCUUCGAGGACAGACAUCCCCAACAAGACAUGGCACCCAUAAGACGUUCUGCAAUGUUGGCAACGCUGUAGAUCCUCUACGAAAAAAUCGUGAUAUGCCUACAACGGAAUUGAGACAUUUUGUUACAUCUUUUGGUCCCACAGCCUUGAAUAAAGAGACUGAACAAGACUUGACCCACAUAGAAAAGAAUGGAACAAAAACCUCAGAGUCAGUUCUUGAAAGGCAUGACAGCGCGAUGUCACCCCCAGAAUUCAAAAUACUUUCUACCGAACAGGAACAUAAUAAUACACGUCUUUGGAAACAUAAUUUUAAAGUCGAACAUUCACAAAAACCAGGUGGCUGCGACGUGCGCAAGAAAAAUAUGGGCAAAAACGAAGUUCUUGGUCCACAAAGAAGUGAUGCUGUUACUGGUUGUGGGAGAUCAGAGGGGUCUAGUCACCUUGUCUCCUUUUUGGAUUCUAUUACUCAUGAGAAACACGGCAUUAUGAGAUACAAUCACAGAGACUUGCGUUUCCAGAGCAAAGAACACGACUCUGAGCUCGGUACCGCGUUUAGCCUUUCGCCCUCGAAAUAUCUAGAGAACCUCUCAAGACGAGUGCCUGUUCACAAGACAUGCUUGCCACUUGAACAUAGUAGCAUAAACAAUAAUAACAAUAACAAUACGGGAGGCAGAAAUAACACCAGCACUCGUGGUUCGAGAAACCCCAGCACACUAUGCCGAGGUCGCACAACGGGGAGAAGGGGUCGAGUCUUCUGCGUGAAGAGUUUCAGCAACAAGAGAAGAGGUCGUUGGAUGGCGAAACAUGCCAAUAGAAAGAAUGGAGCGCCUGCUGAACGUGCUCAGGGCUUUGACAUGGUUGGACCUUGGAAUCUGCAUUGUUGCUACCAACACAAAACGCGAAGGAAGGCUGUUAGUUUAAUUUAUAAGACAUUCAACAGGAAGACCGACGGCAUGUGUUCGAAUUAUACCAGAGUUGUAGGUGAAACUACUUGGUCUGAAGGGCUCAUUGGAUUCUCAAAAAUGUGUGGUCGGAAAUCAGCAUCAUCAGUUUGGAGAUCACAUCUUUCGAAUAAUUUCUAUUGCUACAAAAGUGGCGAAAACAUUCAACCCAAACAAACGAUGCUAACGAUGGGAGAGCCGCCUCUCGUGCCUUUGGACGCAAAUAACAACGGAGGAACUCUAGUGCGUGAGUCAACGAAUGGAAAUUCUCAAAGACAAGAAACAGAAAGACGCUCUGAAAUGCUUGUCCAGUAUCCUGAUGACAUCACGUCUUCAAGAGGUGUUUCCAAUUUCGCUCCUGGAGAAGUGAUAAAUGUAAGUGGCUCUCGGGUAGACAAAGUAUAUCCAGUGACGGCCUCAGCAGUGCUCAGCCUGGGCAAGGCUUACCCUCUUAACGAAUGGAGAAGCCAAGCUUGUUCAGAUACUGAGGAAGAAAAUGAAGGCUUAUACAGAACUGCGAUCCCGCCACAAGACCACAAUUGCAACUUCAUGAACUUCAGAAAGGAAAAGGAUGAAGAAAGGAAAAAGAAGAAAGAAAGGAAAGAUAAUGAGGACAUGCAAAAGAAGAAGGGAAUGAAAAAGAAGGAGGAUAUGAAAAAGAGGGAUAUUGAUGCAAGAGAUGAGGCAAGGAAGAAGAAAAAGGAACAGAAGGAUAUGGAGAAAAAUAGAGAGAACGCAAAACAACCUGCUGAGCUUCCAAGCACGUCUGGGUCUCCUCCAGAUCAAUCCAAAUUUGGUGAAAAAAUCAGCCCCCGAAGACAAAGGCAUCUCUGACGGUUUCCAUGGUUUUCUAAAACACUUUGAGCCUCACCAUGAAACAGUCUCCUCUGCGCCUGACUCCAGAAGGAACUUCCCACAGGCCGUCUUCCUAGAUCCUCCCACCCCUUCUUCUCCUUUGGCCACAACAGAGGAAGAAGAGCCGCGUCGCGUCGUUGUGGAGAAGCCGGCGAUAUUGACGUCAAGACGGUACCUACGACCAUUAGAACUCUACAAGGGAGGAGAUCCCCACGAAAACGCCGGGAUCAGUACUUCUCGCUCUAAAAAAGCCGAGCUCUUUUCAAUCAACAUCUCUCAGGCGAUGAAAAAUUCCCUGGGAAUGGAACCCAAGGGCGACACAGGAGACACCUAUCAACAGCGCCAACCACCUGUCACCUUUGAUGACGUCAUGUCUCAGGCCCAACCGCCAGAAAUGGCCCCACCCCUCAUUCCCGAGCCGACAAAACUCACUAUGAACGAAGGUGUGGUCUGGCCGUCCACGUUCGCCACAGCCCCACCCUACACAAGUCCCGGGUACGACAGCCACGGGGUCCAGCAGCCAGUAGGCGUGGUCAGAGUGCUAAACGCUUCACUCAUCCCUGCGAGUCCAUCCGAAGGCGUGGUCGGUCAUUUGAAAGUUCCUAUGCCCACGUGGGUGUCCCCUCUGUACAGGAGUUAUGGCGUUGGUGGGCCUUACGGGCCACAUGGGCCCUUCUACCCGAAAACCGAAGAGUACUGGAAAUGUGUAGAAACCGUGCCCAAACAGACAACGAAGUCUGUUAGAACGAUGUGGUUCCCUUUUAUAGCUAUUCAAAGGUGGAAGACAAAACAACAGGAAAACAGGCCUAAUGGUAUUGAAGACCGCAACAGACGGGCAAAAAGUGGCAAGGCGAAUGGAGAACAGGGGAAAAUUCCUCUACUAAUCUUUGGACGAAGCAACCGUUCACAGGAAAAAGACAAAAGCGACAAGACAACAGUGUCGUCUUCCCAUUCGGACAACGAACCUUAUGGGAAUAUGUUAGAAGACGCCCAUGCAGUAACAGGACGAAAAAAGAAAGUGAGCUUCCAGUUGCUUGAACCCCCGAUGAAAACGGAGACGUCAACGGCACAAGAUCAGCGGCAGGCGACUUCCCUUCAAGACACGGGGGCACUCGCUGACACCCCGGCAGUGCCAAAAAUUACCUUCGGUGACGAACAAGCUAACCUUGCCCAUACUCCAACAGAAAACGAGGAGGUAGAGCCGAGUAGUUACGUCACUGGUGAAGAUGAAAUUCCCAACUACUCUUCAGGUGAAUACAAUACCACCAGCAGCAAGCCCGAGGAUCCCACCUUAAAUUUAGAUACAUUUCAAGAUCAAGAGACUCUCAACCAAGAUGGGACCAUUAAUAUUCCCGAACACUGAAGAGAUGGUACAUAAAUAUGUACAUGUACACUUUAAAAAACCUAAGAAAAGACCAAUGAAACAAAAGAGAGAGAGAGAGAGAGAG